AUGGCAAUGGCAAUGUUGAUGAGUGAAGAGAAUCUUGGGAGGCGUCUCAUGUGCAUGGAGGACGGGGAGGUGCCUGAAGUGAGGUGUCGUUUUAAGCGUAGAAAAAGAGAGACAGAAAAAGAAGUUGAUCCAACACCUGUCAAAAGAAGUUCGAGAUUUCGAGGUGUCAGCAAGCAUCGAUGGACUGGUCGAUACGAAGCACAUUUGUGGGAUAAACUAUCGUGGAACGUUACUCGGAAGAAGAAGGGGAAACAAGGAGCUUAUGAUGAUGAGAAAGCUGCUGCAAGAGCAUAUGAUUUAGCUGCAUUGAAGUAUUGGGGUUGGGGGACAUCAACUUUUACUAACUUCCCGAUCUCUGAUUAUAAGGAAGAAAUAAAAUUCAUGCAAACUGUCACAAAAGAAGAGUACCUAGCCUCGUUAAGAAGAAAGAGCAGUGGAUUUUCGAGAGGUGUAUCAAAGUACAGAGGAGUUGCAAGACACCGAAGAUGGGAGGCAAGGAUUGGGAGAGUUUUUGGAAAUCAGUAUCUCGAUCUUGGCACAUACAGUAAGUCCCACCAUCCCACCAAGCACACUUCUUGUUACGGCCAUGAUUCGCCCUAUCUCAUUCCUCUACUCUCAUUCUGCCAUUGGUACCCUUCAUCUUCUCUCUCGUUCUAG